AUGAAACACUUAGGUGCAUGUACUGAAGUGUAUCUACUUAGUCUCUUACCAAUCCCCUAUGAGCAGCUUGCUGCCAUAGGGUCUGGUGUGGCAAACGCUGCCGAGGAAAUACUUCAAAAGAUUAUCAUGAACCCCCAUACAUAUCUAACAGUAAUCGAGCCCAGAGAGGCACCUCGGAGGUUUGAGGGUUUCUGCUAUUACUAG